GGGUGAGAACUGGCGCCGCAUUCGUGCGAUCGUCAGUCCGGCCUUCAGUACGGCUAAAAUGCGUAAAAUGUAUCCAAUGGUCAGGCAUUGUGUUCGGGCACUUAUGAAACACGUGGAGGACAAGGAGUCGGGCGACUGCGUGGACAUCAAGAAGGUGUUGGGCAACUACACGAUGGACGUGAUCGCAGCCGUGGCCUUUGCCACCAAUACCGACGCUCACAACGACCAGAACUCGGCGUUCGUGACGGCCGCGCGACAGGUGCUGGACAUAGACAUUGUCCGUAUGAUUGUUAUAUUGCUUUUGCCAAAAUGGUUGGUGAAGGCGAUGGGCAUUAAAUCGCGAGCUCCCGAGUCGGCCAAUCAGUUCUUCAUCGAUAUCAGCCGACGGCUUAUACGCGAGCGAAAGGCCGACCCAAACAGCCGUCAAAAGUAUAACGAUUUCAUACAACUUUUGAUUGACGCCCGACCGGAGGACAGGGACGCCGAGACGGCCGCCGAUGCGAACGCAUUCAACGAAAGCGAAGAGGAUCUGGCGAUUAGACGCCAAAUGCUGUCCUCGAGUGCGAAGAAACUGACACUAACUGAGGACGAGAUGGUGGCUCAGGUGUGGGUCUUCUUCAUCGCCGGCUACGACACCACAUCCGCAACGCUUUCCUUUUGUAUCUACGAAUUGGCCGUAAAUGCGGUCAUUCAGGACCGGCUGUAUGACGAAGUGAUGGCAGCGGUGGACGCGGACGGAGAGAUCGGUUACGACGAGUUGUUGAAAAUGCCAUAUUUGGACGCAAUUCUGUCCGAAACGGGACGAAAGUAUCCGCCGGUGGCCACCGUUGAGCGCCAAGCGGUAGCCGAAUACCAAUUGGCCGACACCGGNAUCGGUUACGACGAGUUGUUGAAAAUGCCAUAUUUGGACGCAAUUCUGUCCGAAACGGGACGAAAGUAUCCGCCGGUGGCCACCGUUGAGCGCCAAGCGGUAGCCGAAUACCAAUUGGCCGACACCGGUAUCACUUUGCCCGCCGGUCAAGAGAUUGAGAUUCCCGUCUACGCCGUCCACCACAACCCCGAGUACUAUCCGGAUCCCGAAACAUUUGACCCUGAUCGAUUUAUGCCCGACAAUCGGCAUAACAUCCAGCCCUACACUUACCUGCCGUUUGGCGCCGGUCCUCGCAAUUGUCUCGGUAUGCGAGUGGCACUCAUGAAAGCCAAACUCUGUGUCGUUCAUCUGAUCCAGAAAUAUAGGUUUGUGAGAAUACCGAAGACAUCGGUUCCCCUAAAGUUUGAGAUAUCGAUUAUAACCCUUAUUCCGGGCGACGUUCACAUCGGCUUCACUAAACGU